UUUUGGGGGCGACUUGCCCGUUGAGAAUCGCAGCAUCAGCAUCAGCAUCAGCAUCGUGCAAGCUUACUUAGUCGUUCACUCAAGAAUAGACGGUUCAAAAUGGAGUUCAACAUUGACGACCUGCCCGUUCUCUUCCCCUACCCGCGCAUCUAUCCAGAGCAAUAUGCCUACAUGGUAGAUCUGAAAAAAACGCUCGAUGCCGGGGGAAACUGCGUGUUGGAGAUGCCAUCGGGCACGGGCAAGACGGUCACCCUGCUGUCGCUCAUCGUGGCCUACCAGCAGUACUACCCGUCGCACCGCAAGCUCAUCUACUGCUCUCGAACCAUGUCCGAGAUCGAAAAGGCGCUGGUCGAGCUCAAGGCCCUCAUGAAGUUCCGCGCGCAGCGGCUCGGACAUGAGGAGGAGUUCCGAGGGCUCGGUCUCACAAGUCGAAAAAACCUCUGUCUGCACCCAUCUGUAAAACGGGAGAAGAGCGGCAACGUUGUCGAUGCCCGCUGCCGCAGUCUGACCGCGGGCUUCGUCAAAGAGAAGAAGAACAAGGGGGAGGACGUCGAGGUCUGCGUCUACCACGACAAUCUCGACCUUCUCGAGCCUCACAAUCUCAUUCCCAACGGCAUCUGGACCUUGGACGGGCUCCUGCGGUAUGGCGAGCAACACAAGCAAUGUCCCUACUUCACUGCCCGGCGGAUGAUGCAAUAUUGUAACGUCAUCAUAUACUCCUACCACUAUCUGCUUGAUCCUAAAAUCGCCGAGCGCGUCUCCAAAGACUUGUCCAAGGACUGCAUCGUCGUGUUUGACGAGGCCCACAACAUCGAUAACGUGUGCAUCGAGUCGCUCAGCACGGACAUCACCGAGGACUCGUUACGGAGAGCCACGAGAGGCGCUCAGAACUUGGAGAACAGGAUCAACGAGAUGAGGGAGUCGGAUCAGCAGAAGCUGCAGGACGAGUAUGAGAAGCUCGUGGAAGGUCUGAGGGGCGCUGACGACGGCCGCCAGGAGGACUCCUUCAUGGCGAAUCCAACCCUUCCGGAUGACCUGCUCAAGGAGGCCGUCCCCGGGAACAUCCGGCGGGCAGAGCACUUCGUUGCGUUCCUUCGGAGAUUCAUCGAGUAUCUCAAGACCAGGAUGAAAGUCCGGCAGGUCAUCUCCGAAACUCCGCCUUCCUUCCUUGCGCACCUCAAGGAAUAUACGUUCAUCGAAAAGAAGCCCCUGAGGUUCUGUGCAGAGCGGUUGACCUCGUUGGUGAGGACGCUCGAGCUCACGAACAUCGAGGACUAUCAGCCCCUGCAAGAAGUAGCUACGUUUGCGACCUUGGUAGCCACGUAUGAGAAGGGUUUCCUUCUGAUCCUGGAGCCCUACGAGUCCGACACGGCGGAGGUGCCAAAUCCGGUUCUGCAUUUCACCUGCUUGGAUGCCGCCAUCGCCAUCAAACCGGUUUUUGACCGGUUCAGCUCCGUCAUCAUCACCUCGGGAACCAUCUCGCCGCUGGAGAUGUACCCCAAAAUGCUCAACUUCCCAACCGUCGUCCAGGAAUCGUACAGCAUGACGCUGGCCAGGCGGUCCUUCUUGCCCAUGAUCGUGACGCGCGGCAGCGAUCAGGCCUCCAUAUCGACGAGCUUCCAGGUCCGCAACGAGCCCAGCGUGGUCCGGAACUAUGGCAACCUCCUGACCGAGUUCGCCAAGAUCACGCCGGAUGGCAUGGUCGUCUUCUUCCCCUCGUACCUCUACAUGGAAUCCAUCAUCAGCAUGUGGCAGGGCAUGGGCAUCCUGGACGAGGUCUGGAAGUACAAGCUCAUCCUGGUCGAGACGCCGGACGCGCAGGAGACGUCGCUCGCGCUCGAGACGUACCGCACCGCGUGCUGCAACGGUCGCGGCGCCGUGCUGCUCUGCGUCGCGCGCGGCAAGGUGUCGGAGGGCAUCGACUUCGACCACCAGUACGGGCGCACGGUGCUGUGCGUCGGCGUGCCCUUCCAGUACACCGAGUCGCGCAUCCUCAAGGCGCGCCUCGAGUUCCUGCGCGAGACGUACCGCAUCCGCGAGAACGACUUCCUCUCCUUCGACGCCAUGCGCCACGCCGCCCAGUGCCUCGGCCGCGUGCUCCGCGGCAAGGACGACUACGGCCUCAUGGUGCUCGCCGACCGCCGCUUCCAGAAGAAGCGCGCCCAGCUGCCCAAGUGGAUCAACCAGGCCCUGCUGGACGCCGACACCAACCUGAGCACCGAUAUGGCGGUCAGCAGCGCCCGCCGCUUCCUCAAGACCAUGGCCCAGCCCUUCCGCGCCAAGGACCAGGAGGGCAUCAGCACGUGGAGCUUGGCCGACCUGCGGAGGCACCAGGAGAAGAUGGAUGAGGAGCGGAUCAAGGACCUGCAAGCGCAGCGCGACAGGGAGCUGAACCCGCUGGUUGCUGCCCCGGCGGCGGUGGCUGUGGGCAACGGGCAGGAGGAGAGUGACUACGAGAUGGACGAUUUGGAUGAUGCCGAGUUGAUGGCGCUGGACGGGUAAUAGCCGCGGAGCAUCGGAUCUUGACAUAGGGGAUAAUGCCGCUAGGCCGACAGUCUGGAGUGGCGAGGGUGCGGGAACGAGGAGUUCAUGUGUUGAUCGAGCAAUUUCGAGCCUCAGCUGCCCAGUCACUUCGACAUAAAUUGAUAAUGGAAGUAGUACAGUCUAGAGCUAUGACUGUGAUUAACACUCUAUCCCCAUGGGUAUCUUUGUAGGUGAAACGCCGACAGCC